CAAUUGCUCUUAGUUCUAUCUGGUUUGAACGUGAAGAACAAUUAUAUAUUUUUAUUAUUAUUAGCAAUGUUAUUUUGAUGAUUAUUAAUAUUAUAAUCGCAUGGAUCCACCGAAAUAGCACAGUGCAAAUCAGCAAAAAAAAUAUAGCCGUUGAAGAAAUUUUGAAGACUCUAGGAUUAUCAGUUGGUUGUUUAAAACGAGCUUUCUAUUACACGCUAAUGUUGGUCAUUUGUUGGAUUAUUACUUCAUUUGGAAUUAAUGCCUUGACAUUGUUAUGGCUCCAUCAUCGUACUACGUUGAUAAAUAAUAUUGCUAUGAUCGUCACUUUUCAACACCCAAUGCACGUGAAUACUAGUAUUGAGAUGGUUUUUACUUCAUCAAUCAGAGAUAUGGGUUUAAGAUUGAAAUGUAUCAAUCGAUUGCUGUUAUUACAUAGUAAAGUCAAAGUUAAUAAUUGGAUAUUAAAUCAUUAUCAAGUAUCUUCUGCUACUGAAUCAUAUCAAUCAGAAAAGAAAAACAGUGUUACUCCCAGCUUUCCUGAAUAUGAAGCACCAUUUCAGAAUAUCAAUAAGACUCUUAAUAUUAUGAAAUAUUUACACUUGGAAAUAAAUUUACUGUGCAACAGAAUAAUGAUGUUAUAUGGUUUUCAAUUAUGUAUGGCAUUAUCAAUAAUUUUUGUAGUAAUGACAUGUAUGUGUUAUGCGAUGUGGUUAACUGUAUUCAACCCAACUCUGACAUCACAUGAAAGAAUUAUCAGAAGUGUCGUUCUUUCGGGUUGGCUUCUGGUAUACGUCUUUAAAUUUAGUCUGAUAAAUAUUAUUAGUGCUAAAACAGCUGCAGAGUAUAAACGUACUGGUGAAAUAAUUCAUCAAAUUGCAAUACAAUCUCAAGAUAAAGAACUUAUUGAAAAUAUUCAACAAUUUUCUAUUCAAAUCAUGCAGAAUCCCUUAACAUUUUCUCCCUGUGGAUUUGUACAACUUGGAUAUCCACUGAUUAAAAAUUUUAUUGCAUCAAUGACUACUUAUCUGGUCAUAAUUAUACAGAUGAGUGAUCCGUGAUGAGAAUAUGAACACAAAAAUUGUAAAGAAGAUAAUUAUAUAAUUUUUCAUUUUUUUCAUACGCUAAAUAGUUUUAUAGUAAUUUAGACUCUACUUUUUCUAGAGUAUCAUUGAAUUUCUCUUUCAGUUGUGGAACACUUAUUUUCAUCUUUUUAAUUCUGACAGUAAGUGUAUUACAGUGUGUAUAUGCAAAUUUAAAAGCCAUUAAAUUUAUGAAAUUAAAACGAAACUUUAAGAGUCGAAAAUAGUGAAAUUAUUACGGAAGUUUAUCAAGUUGAUAGAGAAAGUGAAUGAAGACAUGACAUUAUUACUGCUUGAAGUGGAUAUGAGAAAAUAUGUUUACCGGAAUUGAGUUAUAAUAGCAUAGAAGGAAUCUUCACGGUCGAACUUUGCGUGUAUAAUUACACACGUAAGAAUGAAAUAUUAUCGAGUAAUUAUUUGUAAUAGACAGAUUAAAAAAGUAAUAUUAGCGGUCAUUUAUGAAACUCAAGGUAAAAUUAAAAAUAUAUGGUGAAAUUGU